UCUGACCUUGGAGCGGCUAUCAAGAGAUACGUGCGAUCGACUAUGAAAGGAUAUGUCUGUCAGAGUCCAGACAGGGUUUGUGUGGCAGGGUCCCCCGGACCAAUAGGAGCUCGUGGUCUUCCCGGAAAAAGAGGGCCCAAAGGAAUUAGAGGGAAAAAGGGAACGCGAGGAGUUGUGGGACCUCCAGGAGGACCGGGAAAGCAAGGCAUCAAGGGAGAUAUUGGCCCUGAAGGAAUCAAGGGAGAAAAAGGGAACCCAGGGACACCUGGACAACCAGGAGCUAAAGGUGAACCAGGCGAGUCCUUAUCUGCACCAAAGGUGACUGUAUCACCGACUUCAGACACUGUUACUGAAAACCAAACUGCCACGUUUUAUUGCUCGGCUGAUGGGAAUCCAACGCCUACAGUCACCUGGAGUAGAACAGGUGAUACGGAACCAAUUUCAAGCCCACAUAAUAAGUUGGAAAUCAGAAAAGCUACGUAUAAUGACUCGGGAGAUUACGUUUGCACGGCCAAGAGCAUAUUGGGUGGGGUGCAAAGGCAGGUGAAGCUCUUUGUCGAAG